AUGCUCAAUACCAAUCUCGUGGUCCCCGUGGUGCUUUGGGGCCCAAGCACACCAACACACUGCGUGUCGAGCGUCUUUCUGUCACGGGACCAGAAAAUCCUUGCGACAGGUUGCUACGAUGGGCAAAUUUGUUUAUGGCAGGUGGAUCCGGAAACGCUGCAAAUGACUCCACGAUGUCUGCUCGUAGGCCAUACGGCACCUGUGCUGUGUCUCAUGCGUGCAUCGAUUAUUCAGGACAAUAACUUCCUAGUCAGCUCGUCGGAGAAUGGAGAGAUGUGCACGUGGGAUUUGGUAGAUGGAAAGUGCACCGAAAGCAUCAAGAUGCCACAGGUGCACACCAACAUCCAGGCGUAUCACAUGGCCAACUGCGAUGAUAUUCGGCUUUUUUGUAACGGAUACUAUGCCGAGAUCAUGGUGAUGGAUCCUUUCAGCCUAGAGGUUCUGUUCUGCCUGAGCUCCAAGGUGAACCCCGACUGGAUCUCUGCUCUGCAUGUUUUGCGACCGUCAAAGCGCAAGGAUGACGUUGUGCUGGCCAUAACCACCACCGGAACGGUGAAAGUGUGGACCUUAGUUGGCAACGAAAACAAGUACUCGGAGCCGAUCUUUGAAAAUGAAUCGAAACAAAUACGUUGUCUUAACGCGAUCACGAUGAACUGCUGCACGCAGAACCAGCGGACGGUGCUGAUUGUGUGCGCAAAGUACUGGCAGAUAUACGAUGCUGGAGAUUUCACCGUAUUGUGCAGUGUUAUUUCACCAUCUGGGGAACGAUGGAUGGGUGGCGAUUUCCUUUCGAAUGACCGUGUUAUUCUGUGGUCGGACGAAGGCAAGGGCUAUCUCUAUCGAUUACCGGCGAACAGCAUACCCGAUAACAAGGAUUUCCAUGGACCGUCGGUUGGCAAAGAUUCACCGUUCCUGUACUGCGUUCUUUCGCAAAUGGGUGAAAAACCAUUGUCUUGUCCACCGACGAUGAAACUGGUUACUUCGAACCGUGGUGGUAAAACGCAAAAAUACCUACUGCGCGGUGAUUCCGAAGGGUACGUCAACAUCUGGGCAGUGCCUGAUAUUUCUAUGGAUCAGAUUAAGCAGAUACAAAUUCAAAAACAGCAUCCGGCAUCAUUGGAAGCUACUAUUUGUACGUCAUUGCUGGAAGCGUGGAAUAAAAUGAAUCCGCUUCCGGUAGGCAUACUGGACCAGCUUUAUCAGAACAGUGAGCCCAUGAUUAAACUUACGGCAAGCAUUUACUUACCUCAACAAAGCCGCUUGGUUGUUGGAAGGGAAGACGGUAGCAUCAUCAUUGUUCCUGCAACACAAACGGUAAUGUUACAUUUGCUUCAUGGAAAUCAUCAGCAAUUCAGUGAUUGGCCUCCACAUCAAAUUCUCAACGGUCACAGUGGAAGAGUAAAUUGUUUACUUUGUCCGUCUUUGGCGCACUCGCGAUACGAAAAAUCACACCUAGUAUCUGGAGGAGUCGAUUUCGCUGUUUGCCUGUGGGACCUGUACAGCGGAUCUUUGAUUCACAGGUUUUGCGUGCAUGCUGGAGAGAUUACUCAAUUAUUGGUUCCUCCUCCGACGUGUAGUCCACGCAUCUUAAAAUGCAUCUGCUCAGUAGCAUCGGAUCAUUCCGUUACUCUACUAAGUCUGCAGGAACGUAAAUGUGUAACGUUAGCUAGUCGUCACCUAUUUCCGGUGGUUUCCAUUAAAUGGAGACCCCUUGAUGACUUUUUGAUUGUGGGCUGUUCUGAUGGUACCGUGUACGUAUGGCAGAUGGAAACCGGGCAUCUGGAUCGGGUUCUCCACGGUAUUUUGGCCGAAGAAGUGCUCAAUGCAUGCGAUGAGAACAGUGGUGAAACUGGCAGCAGCACGGGAUCAACGUCUGAAAUGGGGCUGGCCAAUCCAGCUGUUCAUUUCUUCAGAGGUUUAAGGCAUCGUAACAUUAAUGCAAUUCGUCACGCUACCCAACGAGGUAUUCACCAACUGCAACAACUACAUGCACACAACAAUCAUCACGGAGAUUUUUUAAUGAAGAACAGAAGCAGUCCUUUGAUUAUUCAAGGGCUCCGAACAAACCCCAAAGAUGCUGAGAGCCAUAUUCUUUUCUUCGAUAUCGAAGGGCUGAUAUUUGAGCUACAUGCCGAAGAGUAUGCUGCUAUGAGUCCAAAUACGUUAGAGGCUGAAGGUUUAUUGAUUCCUGCCGGUGCCGAUAGCCACUCUUCCGAUGCUGGAAAGAAAAUAUCAGAUUUCUUUGGACGCGUAAAGAAUAAGGCUGGUGACAUGGAGAAAAUACUAAAAGAGAAAGAUAAACACGGUAUUCUUGCUAAAAUGAAGGAAGGCGCGGAAAACGUCCAGACAAAGGUGCAGGCAAAGCUUGAUAGCGUCGUGAAAAACGUUGGCGAAACCGGUAAGGAUUCGUCGGAACUUUCGAAAAAAAUAGCACCUCGCAUGGAAGCUACCCACGUGAUGGAGGUAGCACAGUUGCUGCUAUCGCUGAUUCACUCCUGGGGUCUCGAUCCGCACUUGGACAAAGUGUGCGAAACGCAAUUAGGACUGCUGCGUCCGAUGAUACCGGUUUCGUUUGGAGUGCUUUCCAAAGGCGGCUACAUGUCACUGUUGUUGCCGACCUGGCAAAAUAAUAUCGUUAUCAAUUCGACUCCCGAGCAGCUGAAAACGGUGGCCAUGACGCCAGAACUGUUUCGGCAGGAAGGCCUCACGAAGCUGUUUACCGCACGGCUCCAUUGGGAGCUCAGCACAACUCUCACCUCCAAUCAUCUACUUGCCAUGGUGGCAAUGUCUAACACGCUAAUGUCGAUGAAUAUGGCUACUUUCAUACCGGAGCAGGAGCGUGCCCGCAAGUUGCACCGACAAUCGACGCGAGCCACCUGGAGCAAUGAGGAAGAACAGGAGGAAGCUUUUACCCAGCAACAGGCCCAAAUUAAGCAGGGCUGGAGUCUACUUUCGACUCACCAUUGUUUCUUGUUGCCCGAGAAAAUCGAUGCCCUAGAUGCGAACAACUUCAAGCGUCCCCAGGUGGAGAUGAUGGCCCGAAGGUGGCAACAUCACUGUCUGGAAAUUCGAGAAGCUGCCCAGCAACUAUUGCUCGGUGAGCUUGGGCGAAUGGGAAAGAAGGGUCGCAAACAGCUCGUCGAAAGCUGGGCCCAGUAUCUGCCCAUGUACACGCACACAGAACCAAUCGCACAGCAGGCGCCAAGUGGCGGACAAUCGAACGCCGGAUCUCCAACUUCCAGUCCCACCGGGCAGCCUGGACUGGAGCAUGAGGAAGAGUCGGAAGAAGAGGAGGAAGUCGUUCGCAAACCGUCCAGCUUGGCGGAGCUGAAACGCAAGCAAACCACGGCUGUCGUGUUGCUGGGUGUGAUUGGAGCCGAAUUUGGCCAAGACAUUUCCGCCACGGAUGGAAAGCGAAACAAUGACAACCGUCGCAAGAGCUCCGUUGUGGAGGGUUUCGGUAUCGGCAACAAUAACCUCGCUCGCUCGACAUCGAUGGCUCUAACGCACCUGCUUCUGGCGCCUUCGACUCAAAAACUUCCCGCGUUCACGCCCCUGCGCCGAGCAGCGAUUGAUUUGAUCGGGCGCGGAUUUACCGUCUGGGAGCCAUAUAUCGACGUUAGCAAGGUGCUGCUGGGGCUACUCGAGAUGUGUUGCGACUCGACUCGGUUGAUACCGAGCUUGAAUUACAAGCUUCCGCUAACACCGCAAGCUGACGCAUGCCGAACGGCACGGCAUGCCCUGCGGUUGAUAGCGACGGCACGUCCGGCCGCUUUCAUCACGACGAUGGCGCGGGAGGUUGCCCGCUACAACACGAUGCAGCAGAAUGCGCAGGCGAUAAGCGUCCCCAUUACACACUCCGUGCUGCACCGGGCCAAGCGAGAGAUUCUACAGUGCGUCGAAAUGCUCAUUGAUAAGAUGCAAACAGAGAUCGCUAAUCUGCUCGUGGAGGUCAUGGAUAUAACGCUUCAUUGUGUUGAUUCUGGGGAUCUGAAAAAUAAGGGACUUGCCGAAGUUAGUCCGUUGAUGUGCAAGUUCAACCAAGUGUCACAUUGCAGCGCCUCUCGCCGAAUUGCCGUCGGUGCCAGCAACGGACACCUGGCGAUAUACGAGUUGCGGCAGAACAAAUGCCAAAUGAUACCGGCCCACACGAAACCGGUAACGGCACUCGCUUUCAGCCCGGAUGGAAAAUUCCUCGUCAGUUAUUCGUGCACCGAAAAUCGGCUAUCCUUCUGGCAGACCAGUGCAGGAAUGUUUGGGCUCGGUCAGUCUCAGACGCGCUGUAUAAAGGGCUACUCGACUGCACCGAUUCCGGACAUUGGUCGGCUCAAUCCGAUGCGCCUGGCAAAGCUGAUCUGGAUUAACAAUCGUACCGUCACCUUGAUGCUUGCCGAUGGAUCCGAGACGCGAUUCAACGUGUAAACUAGCAGCUACCCAUAAUAGAAGUUAUCAUCUUCUCUAGCCUAGUUCAGCAGUGGGACAAGUGUUGAUGCUGCAUCUCUCACUCACAUAAAAGUGUGCCGCCAUGAUUCAAAGUCUGGGUUUUUUGAAUAUACACGUACAUAUUUGUUAGGUCUUUGGUAAGCUAAACCUUCACAAUCAUCGUACAUCAUCAGUUUUAACAUUUUACAUUAGAAAGCGGCAGCUAUCAGCACACCGCCCCUAGAUUCAGUCAGGGCAUGCCAAUGAAGAUAUGUUCACCCAGAAACCCAGCUACUCUGGUGGUUCGCAACAUGCAUCGUCAUCUUCGUUUCGACAUUCUUGCAAACGAAGGAAAAAAAACGUGCUCAGAGUGAAAGGAAGCACGCUUUUGAGCGAACGGAUCUGCCUGUGCAGCACGGUUGCCGUAGAAUUACAUGAACAAAAUCGGUUUAGAAUUCGGAACGACCGAGGAAGAUACAAUGGGAAACAUAUUUCAUGUGCCAUCUUCUUCUAUGUUUUCUUCCUUUUCGUGGGCCCCUCGUUUUGGUCGCUUUUGCCAAAAUACGUAACUCGAUCUCGACCAGAAACGGAUGCGACGAUUGUCGGAUGCGAGAAGCUGUUGGAGGCUUUCCGUUGAUUCCAAUUAUGACACGAUAAACUUAUAUAAUUAUGCAAAUUGGAUCGUAGAUCGCCCGCGCGCCAUCCCUCGGAGAUGGAAUCCCGAACGAACCGAAAUCACGGUCUCCGAUUUUCCAAAACCCCCUUUGUUCAUCAACCUCCCCUCUGAUCGCCAAUCGCGUGGUGGUUUCGAUCUUCUUCUAUGUGACCUAUAUUUUUCGAGUUGAGCUCGUCCCUCGCGAGUGUACACUUUGGCCGAAGUGAUGUUUCCUGUUGGUCGAUCCCGAAGGGAAUGCUUUGCCGUAGAACUGGGAGCAUAGGUGACCGGUGGAUUGUGACCUAAAUCAUCGUGCCAGCCAUGGGCGGAUGCCUGUUGCCUUUUUGGCCAAUCGUUUGCGCUUCCGCCAUAUUUUUUGCAGUGCAAUUAAUGCUGCGGUUAAAAAAAAGUAUUAAUGACAGUGACCUCUGCGAGCGGAAAUCUUUAUUAUGCUUAAAUCUUGCGCGAAUGUUGUUUGUUGUUGAUUUUUCUUAGCCUCAAGUUAUUGUUAUGCUAUUUCUACACACUUUGUAUAUUUUUUCGUUUGUACAGCAUACUGUAUUUGCAUUAAACACAAUUUAGAUCGUGAAAGAAAAAGGAAGCAAGCUUACGAUAACCAAAUGUUAAACCCGAAAGUGUUAAUCUAUUCCCGUACGACGACAGUCUUGUCCAUUUACAUACCAUGUUGAAUAGUAUUACUCAUACGCGAGUGCAUAUAGAUGCAAUAUUAUUAGAAACGGUGUAAUUUAUUUGUUAGUAUAUUGCAAAUAAUAUAAACAAUGCAACAAUAAAACUAUGCAAUGAU